AUGACCAAAUGCGAGCACUCUUUCUGGCUAGAGCUUAGCCAUGAAAUGGCAGUGCCUCAGGUCGUUUAUGGAUCAAGGCUUGCUCGAUUGGUGAACGAGCUGCCACAGCCGUCGGUCCAGUUGCCGCAGGUCGUUUUCUUCAUGGGCCAUCACCAAAAGAAUAAAGCACUGCGGCAGCUGUGCAGUAGCAACUACCGAGGCCAGGGUCGCAAUGCUCCGAGCGUCAAUAUCCGCUCUGAUAACCGCACGCUGCAGUCCUUGCAGCCGCGGUUCUUCGCAGAUUGCGACCCCUGCCGGUCAUUGCUGUCCACACAUGAAAGCUUGCGCAACUGUCACGAGGAGAAAAUAUACCCCGUGGAACUCCGAUCCACAGAGUAUUCUCUGCAGGACAUCAUAAUUGCACGCCUGGUAUUCUUGUUCACCGACGUGGUCUGUAUCUUUGCAGAUGACGUUGGAGGAUUCGAGGGCACCCGCAAGCUCCUGACAACGUGGGCGGCGAUCGGCUCAGCGUCCAGCCUACCACCCGCGGUAAGACCGAGGGUGAUUGUAGUUGUCAGCCAGUCUCCAAGCAUCACGGGAGGCGUGAUCGAUGAGAAUGACUUUCUAUUCGAGUUGCUUCAUGCUGGCGACGUUCCUUACUUCUCAGCAUUCCGGGAUAUCCAGGUAUCUAGUCUUCCGGCCGAGGAGCUCUCGUCCGAUGCUCGCUACAUGACACUAGGCAGUGAUGUUUCCCGGCAGCUUAGAAGCUCACGAGUUGAUCGGGAACGCUAUCGGAGCCUAUUCUCUGCGAUCCAUCUCAGCGCAUUUUUUGAACUUGCCUUGCAUAAUUUAUCCGCCUCGCCAUUUGCGCCCUUCGACUUCAUUCGUUCUGCAAGAAAUAGGAAUCCCCUUGACGGAGCCUUUGCUUCCCACAUCACCAGUUUUUUAAAGGUGGGAAGCAAAACAAGGACUCCUUACAAUGAAAUGGCUUCCCACAUUGCUUCUGCAAUUCUGAUGGACGCGUAUCCCCCGGGGAUGCACUAUUUCCUACCUUCGAUGGUUUAUCGUACAUUGUAUCACGAUCCAUGUUACACCGGCCUCCGGAAGUUCUACAGCACUGACGCCUUAGCCUCUGUCCAGAGUGAACGGGUCCAACACCACCUGUCCAGGUUCUUUGAACACAUGGCCUCUAACCUUGGCCCAUCCUCAGAGAUCCAUAAGAACAACCUGAAACAGCAACGGAAGUUCUGGGCUUGGGCUAAGUCGAACAAGACCUGUCUCUUGUGCCUUAGACGCCACCCUGAACACCCUCAGGCGUGUGGACAUGGAAUAUGUGACACUUGCGCGGAGAUCUUUGGCGAACCCUCUCUUCACACUGAGCAUGAGUACACUAUUUGCCAGUGCAUUCUAUGUGGAAACGCAAAGGGUCUGACUGUGCGGCUGAAACCGCCAACCGCAGCGCCACGCCUCCUGAGUAUCGACGGAGGAGGUCUCCGUGGCAUUAUUCCUCCUUCAAAUUUGGAGCUGUUACAGAACGACAUAGGCCCUGAACUUCCGCUAGCGGAUCUGAUUGACCUCAGGGUCGGCACGAGUUCCGGUGGGCUAUAUGUCAUAGCAAUGGAUAUUCUCCGCAUGGGGCCUUCGGAAUUUAAGAGAGUAUUUCAGGGCCUCGCGAAGAAAGUUCUGGGCCCUGACCAGCGGAAGGGGAGAAUAAUGUCCCUGCUUUCGGACGCAACCUACGAUACUAAGGCGCUUGAAAAUCAGUAUAAGGACGUCUUUGGACCAACAAGGCGGCUGUUUGAUGCGCCAGCGACUCUUCUAUCUGCCGGAAAGAUGGCGGUCACGACAACUUCUAUCAAAGAUGGGUCGUUGUUCCUUUUCACGAACUAUAAUGGGGCAGCACCCCACCGUGCGGAAUCCGUUUAUGGACGACUUCGGCCGGAUGAAGACUAUGGGCCCUAUAUCUGGCAGAUUGCACUGGCUACUUCCGCGGCUCCUCCCCUUUUCUCCACCGUCAAUAUUCCCGGACUGGGUACCUUCCAGGAUGGAGGAAUGGGACGAGAUAACAACCCAAUUAACAUUGCGUUAUUUGAGGCGAAACACCUGUGGCCUAGCGUAACUAACCCCGAUGUUGUGAUCACGCUCGGGACGGGAACAGAAACGUCAUCUCCGAAGACAUCCUUCUUUCGAAAUGUGCUCUUGGAUGGAUGGAUUCCGAGAGUGUACCGUUCAUACAUGAGGAGCUUUGAUGGGGGUACUACGUGGAAGGAGCUAAAGAUGCGGCUGGAUAACAAAUCACAAGAAACAUACUACAGGUUCGAUCAGUACUUACCCGAGGGCCUUCCCGCCAUGGAUGAUCCAGAUUGUGUCGCUGGCCUCUCCAAGCAAGUUCAGACACAGUCAGGGGAGGACCACAGUGGUGUGGUGGUAGCGCUACUCACCGCCUGCCUCUUCUUCCAGCUCGACAAGAUGCCAGUGUACAAGAACGGUCUGUAUCAUUGUGUUGGUACGAUUCGUUGCCGUGCUCCUCCGCGACCUCUUAUUGAACGACUGGCCAUGAUCCCUGGGAGACAGGCAUUCUACAAGGGCAAAUUGAACCUUGGUCUCAGUCUAUCAGCGGACGAUAUCUGCUUCUCGUGCCACCGUUAUUCUUUGCCUGUCCGAUUCUUUGUGCGCGAUCUGGAGGAAAGUAUAACGCUAUCUUUACGCAUUGGAGAGGCACCCCGUCGGUUGAGUGCUUUUCCAAAUUGUAUGCAAUGGUUCAUCGAAGAACAGAAGUUAGAUUGUGUCUUUGGAUCCCCGAACCAUGACAUUCCGCUCCAGAUCAUCAAUCAAGGAUUCAUCUUCGAGGCGAAGACGCUGCAUCUCACGUAA